AUGAUAGCCUGCUCCAUUCCCGUGAACACCGGUGCCUAUGGCAUCGGCAUACGGGUGGCGUUCUACCUACAGUGGUUUGGCAUGAUCGUCACCACGUGGGCUCCGGGAUCCGACACACUUAACCUCCUCAACUUCAUCAACGUCCUCACCACCGCCGCGACGUCGAUCGGCUUGGUGAUAAACCUGGAGAGGCUUGAGCCUGCCGAGAUCUACAUCGUUCUAUUGCUGACAUGCGGCACUCUGUACUUCACAAUACCGACCUACCUAUGGAGGUUUGUGACUUGUUGUCGGCCAUGGUGGGAUCCUGAAAGGUGGACGAGGAUUCAGACGGGAUGGCUGUUCCGAGUCUCGACGUACUCCAUGUAUGGAGCACUUCUCAGCCUACAUAUCUGGUUCUGGUCUCAGGGUGUUCAUGUUAAAAGGGAGACUCCUUCGAGUGCAGACACAGCAAUCAAUUGUGAGCAGUUCGGCUUUUUCUUUGCUCAGAUGCGGCUAGAUGGCCCAGGGCUGGCCACGCUCAAUAUUAUCAUCCACCUCACCAUCCUCCUCGUUGGAACUGGGGUAUUUGCAAACCGCACCGGGAUAUCCGAGGUGUGCUGCUGGGAUCGAAGCCAGAAACGGCGCAGAUGGAGUAUAACCACGAAUCGUAUCCUAUCCCUCCAGCACUUCCAAAGCAUCUGUGACCUCAUCGUGGCAAGCAUAAUCACCAUGGCAGUCGAGCUUGUAAUCUCCUGGAACCAGAUCACGGGAGCAAACGAUGUCGAUUCCGCCGCGCAGCUCAUCCCCCCCGUCACCACCGGUGCUUUCCUUUUACAUGGCCUGUGCGUAUGGGCAGCAGGGCCAGACAGUGACGACGAAGCCAGCGACACAUAUGACUGUCCUCGAACCACCAGGACAUCGCGCAGGAGCAGACGCCCUGCCCACCUUCACCAUCGCUCGUGGCGAUCCGCGACAGAUGUCUCGGACUUCCUUGACGCAUACCCUGAAUUGUUUGAUUUACCGCCAGAGCAAUCUCUGCAAACACCGCCGGCGUCACUCGGCGGUCAUGCUGGUCGACAAGCUUCAAGGUACUACAAUGUGGCCUCCGACUACUACGGUACGCAAGGUGGCGACUGCUUCGGGCACGAGGCACGUUACCGAUAG